AUGCUCAAUCCAAACGACGCCGACGAUUCGGACAGCUCGACGGACUCGUCGCCGGCGGCGAUCGUCGCGCGACCACGACGCUCGGCCACGGUUUCGCCGAGCGCGCGAAGCUCGUGUCGAACGACGCGGCGGCGAAGCGACGCCAAUUUGAACUUUUUCAGCGAACGCGAACGACAGCGGGAGCGUCGGCGAAGCAUGGUUCGCGCGAGUCGAGAGCGAAGCGUGCGAACGUCGCAGCAGAAUCUGCGCAAGACCAACAGCGAGCCGAACGUCGACAUGCCGUCGAUGAUCGAUGUGGAAGCGUUGCACCAUCUGCUGAUCACACUACCAAAAUUGGCGGCCUCACGAUCCCAUUUGGACCACGAGUCGGACAGCGGCGGCGAGAUGACGACGGAGAUCGAGGAGCUCAAAGACGCGGCGAAGAGUAUUCAGUCGCUUCAGCGGGUGCUCGCGUUGCCGUCGCAGAACUCGUCGUCGGAUCGCGGUGUGUUCUCGGACGACCGCGACGACUCGUCGACGAUGACGACCGACACCGCCGAUGGCCGACGCGCGUCGGGCAUCUCGACGCGUCUCGGGGGCCAUCCGCGAGGCGUCAUGCAAUUUUUGGCGUCGACGCGCGAGCCGACGACGGCCAACGGUCGCCGCAAGUCGUCGGCGCCCGACAAUUUCGCCAACGGCGCCGACGAGUCGCCGACGACGUCGAUGACGGGAAUGCGGACGUCGCGACGACGCGGCAUCGUCGACGAGAUGUUAGCCGCCUCGUCGACAUCGCUUCUCUCCGUCGAUCGUCCGCCGGAGAUGGCCGGCGUCAGUCGCCUCAAUCAGCUUCUCGACAGCUUUCGCUCGCGACCGCCGUCGCCGCCCGACCAACACCCGACGAUCACGUGGAGUCCGUACGUGUAUUCGGACGGCGGCGAGGCGCUCGAAGCGUGCGGAAUGGAGGACUCGCUUCACGAGGCCGACGUGCUUCUGUGGAAGAAGCGCAGUCGCGCCAGCCUUCGUCGCCACUACAGCGUUCGGCAUCUCGCCGCGCGCGAGCUUCUCGACACCGAGGCAUCGUUCGUCGAGGGCCUCGAGCAUCUGGUGACGAAGUACAUGCGACCGCUUCGGCAGCCGCUCGAGUGCACUCUCAUCGAGGCGACGCUCGUCGACAAGAUCUUCUAUCGGGUGCCCGAGAUUCUCGCGCACCAUCAGGUGCUGCUGGCGGCGUUGAGCCAACGAUUGGAGCAUUGGCACAAAGACGCCAUCAUUGGCGACGUGCUGUUGGCGCAUUUCUCGAAACAAUCAAUGAUCGAGACGUUCAUCGCGUUCGUCGACAACUUCAAGUACGCGAAGGCGGCAAUCGCGCAAGCUCGUCAGAAGCACGCGUUCGAGAAAUACUACAGUCGCUGCUGUCGCGACCAUCCGAAGAAGAUCGAUCUCGACGCGCUGCUCAUCUCGCCGAUUCAACGCGUGCCCCGCUAUGAGCUUAUCGUGAAGCAGAUGCUCAAGCACACGCCCGUCGAGCAUGAUGAUCGCGAGCGUCUAUUGCGCGCCCAACGCCACAUCCAUUGUCUGGCGGUGGCGAUCAAUCAGCACAAAGAGGGCAACGAGCAAAUGGAGCAGCGAUUGCGCGAGAUCGAGGCGAUCGUCGACGGGCUCGACGAUCUCGUGUCGGCCGAUCGCACGCUUCUUCGCCACGACAUGGUGACGCUGAAGGACACGCGACGCGAGCGGUGCGUCUUCAUGCUCUCCGACCUGCUGCUCGUCACCAGCGUCAAAAAGAAGCAGAAGUUGUCGACGUCGAAGUUGACAACCCAAUCGAUGGAUUUCCUUGAGAACAAUCGAUUCAAGUUGCUCAUCAAAAUUGCGCUUGAGGACGUGCAAAUCGCAAAAGACACGCUCUCCCAAUUGGAAGACGUUCAGCAAAAGCUGGAGACGUCGAAAGAGGACGACCGUGUGUUGAAGAAGAUGCUCCAGUUGUGCUCAUUGCUGAAAUGCGACAAACUCGUGAGUCGAUAUCAUCGCCUUCAUUUGGGGUUGGGGUGGCAAGAGAGAAAUGAAUACAUUUAA